AUGGAUCAUCCUACUCAAUCAACUAAACCAAUUCAAAAGAAUGAAAUCGAAAAAGAACAAGAACAAGGACAAGAACAAGAAGAAAUAUCAAACCCACCCUUUUUAAAUUCAUCUCAUCUAGUCAUCACUAAUUCCAAAAUAUUCAAACCCAAUAAGUUUGUAGAACUUUGUUUAGAUCAUAAUAGACCUAAAAGAGGUAGAGGUCUAUAUUCAAAAAGUUCAAAAACUAUUAAACCAGGUACAACUGUUCUUUCUUUGUCACCUCAUGUGGCCGUUUUAGAUACUUCAUCUCUUUCGAAUAGAUGUUCUUCUUGUUUUUUAGAAGAUGAAGAUUUCGAAGCAUUACCAGAUCCAAGUGUUUCAAGACAAAUCAGAAGAUGUACAAAAUGUCGCGUAGUAUCUUAUUGUGGAGAAAAUUGUCAACGUUUAGAUUGGGUAUCACAUAAAGCUGAAUGUCAAGCAUUAACAAAUUAUUCAAAGAUGAUCGAAAAUCUUUUGAAAGUCAAUCAAAAAUCAAAAUCUCGUACAUCGAUGAAUGGCAAAGUGACCAGAAGUGGUACAACCUUAUGUGGAACACUUGGUGGUAGUGGUAGUGGUCUUGAUGGUUUAGAAAUUGAUGAUGAUCACGGUUCUGGUCAAGAAUUCAGUAAAGUUCCUAGUGCUCCUAUUAGAGCUUUAGGUCGAUUGAUUUGGAAGAAAGAUCGAGAAGCCGAAAGGGAUCCGAAUUGGUGGACCGGUAUGGAAGAGCUGAAUCAUCGUGAGUUGUCUCUUGGGUGUUUCUUAUCAACUGAUAUACCGAUUGAUGAUUCUUUGAACAUUGAUUGGAUCGAUAGACCUGAAUGCCGAUCCUGCCUAUCCGAAAGACAGACUGAUGCAAUUGAGCGUAAACCUGAGUCGAUAUAUCGGAAGUCAAACCUUACAAAAAGCACUUGGUUCAGCAUCUACACUACUUCCAUUCUGUUGUCGAGUCAGUAA